GCCUCUUUUUGCGAUCGACGAGGGACAUUCUUCUGCGACAUCGUUCUCGCACCUUAUCUUGCAUUACUUGCAUUUCAAGCCGCUAUGCCUCACGUCGACCCGCCAGUGGACUCCGCUACUGCACCAGCGGCCGAGGCAACUUCCACUGAACCUUUGACAAGACUGCCCUUUCCUCCGAUCACUUAUUCCCACAUCUUAAACUGUUCAUAUCACAGCUGGCAACCUCGGUACCGCACUUUCGUUCCCAAAUCCCGAGUGAUCCCUCUCAGCGCGCAGUUCGUUUCCUACCUGCGUGCCGACGGUAUCGUCCUGCCGCCGGAGGCUGCCCCGCCCACGGAUGACGAUGACUUGGAUACGUUCUCAGAUGAUGGCGAAGAUGAAGAGGCAGAUCCCUCUGUCGAGUGGCCCGAGAUUCACUCUCAAAUCAAGUCUACCAUCAGCGAGUACGGAGGGAAGGUAACACCGAAGCUGAACUGGAGUGCUCCAAAGGAUGCGACCUGGAUGUCUGCCACAAACGACCUACAGUGCCGCACGCCGAACGACAUCUAUCUGCUUCUGAAGAGCAGCGAUUUCAUUACCCAUGACUUGGAACACCCCUUCGAUGACUGCGUUGCCGACGCUGCCGCUGACACGGCCGGCUCCGCAAUUUCCGCAAGCUCCGCAACUCCGCCCGAAGUCCCUUACCACCUCAUCCUCCGCAAAUACGUCAACUUUAACCCAUCCCUCGAAUUCCGAUGCUGGGUGCGCGACCGUGUGCUUCUAUGUAUCUGCCAGCGCGACCAGAACCACUUCGAUUUCCUUUUCCCCAUGCGCGAUGCGCUCCGGUCCCGGAUCCAGGCUUUCUUCGACGAGAAACUCAAGGGCACAUUCCCCGACCCGAGCUUCGUGUUCGAUGUCUACAUCCCGCCUCCGCACGAGAAGGUCUGGCUUAUUGACAUCAAUCCAUGGGCCGAGAGGACGGAUUCGUUGCUGUUCAGCUGGCUCGAGAUCCUGACAAUGAAAGACCCUGUCGGUAUCUUCGAGGAAGACGAUGGUGCAGAAGAGCAAUUCGUCCGCCUCUCUCUGAAUGGAGCCAGUGGUACAGGCGCCGAAUCGGCCGGGGAAUCCGACUCCGAGUCCGAGUCAGAAUCAGAUGACGUUGGGGACGAUGCCCCAUUGUUCCCAGAAUUCCGGCUAGUCAAACGCGAUGAUCCUGAAGCGUACGCUUUCACGACGCCACAGUAUUCGGCUCACAAAUUGCCGAAGGAGGUGGUUGACGCCUCGCUUACCGGGCCUGGAGGCAUGAGUGAGUUCCUCGGGCAGUGGCAAGAUAUCCUGGCGAAGCAGACUCAGGAAUCUGAUUCGGACGAGUGAUGUACUACGAGGUUAUUGGGAGCUGGUGUUUUGGGCAGGUUCGGCGGCGUUUUCGACUAGACUACUAGAUGUGAAAUAAGACAUAUUAUCAAUUGACUCCUG